AUGGCGGAGGAUGCUGAUUUCUAUGUGCGCUACUAUGUGGGCCACAAGGGCAAGUUCGGCCACGAGUUCCUCGAGUUUGAGUUCAAUCCUGAUGGAAAGCUCAGAUACGCCAACAAUUCGCACUACAAGAACGAAACGCUGAUCAGGAAGGAGGCCUUCGUCAGCCCCGCUGUGCUGAAGGAGCUCAAGCGGAUCAUCAUCGACAGCGAAGUCUUGAAGGAAGAUGACAAGCACUGGCCUCAGCCCGACAGAGUCGGCAAGCAGGAGCUUGAGAUUGUGAUUGGCAAUGACCACAUCUCGUUCACGACUUCAAAGAUCGGAUCGCUGCUCGACGUGCAGGGCAGCCAGGACCCUGAGGGUCUUAGGAUUUUCUACUACCUUGUCCAGGAUCUCAAGUGCUUUGUCUUCUCUCUCAUCUCUCUCAACUUCAAGAUCAAGCCCAUCGGUUAA